AUGGGCUCGCUGCCCAACCUGCACGAGCUGUGCAAACAGCAACAGCAACAGCAGCAACCGGUGUGCGUGCCCGCGGCCCCGAGGUUGUCGCCGUGCCCAGACCGUGGCGGUGGCAGUGGCACUAGCCGCGCUCAGCACAGGCGACUGCAGCAGACCAACAGCCUGUGCACCAACAACUUUUACGGCGUCAUCGACCGGCAAGCCGACAUGCAGAUCGACGAGGUUGGUAUAAUAUAG